AUGCAGGAUCUGUUAGAGAAGGCUGCUUUAUAUACAGCAAAAAAGGAAACUGGAGAUGAAUCAACAAUUUUGAGUCCGUCAAAGGCUCAAACGACUUUGUCUGCCAUUGAUCAUCGGCAUCGCCGUACAGAACAAGAGGAGGAUGAGCAACUUUUAACCGAAACCAAGCGUGGAGGUCUGACAGCGGUCACACGUUUUGACUCAUCACCAUGGUAUGUGAAGGGUGGGGAAAUGCGUGACUACCAAGUCCGUGGUCUUAACUGGAUGAUCCAGCUCAGCCUCAAUGCCACAAACGGCAUUCUAGCAGACGAAAUGGGUCUCGGGAAGACCCUGCAGACAAUAUCCCUCCUGGGCUAUGUUAAACACUACCGCGGCAAAAAUGGCCCAUUUCUGAUUAUCGUGCCAAAAUCAACUCUCUCAAACUGGAUGCAAGAAAUCCGAAAAUGGGUGCCUAGUUUGCGGCCCGUUGUCCUCAUCGGCAGUCAAGAGGAUAGGCUUCGUACAAUAAGGGAGGAAAUUCUUCCGGGCAAUUGGGAUAUAAUUGUUACCAGCUACGAAAUGUGCAUUAAGGAGAAGCCUGUAUUACGGCGCUACAACUACGUCUAUCUCGUUAUUGAUGAAGCUCAUCGUAUCAAGAACGAAAAAUCAAAGCUGGCUGAAGUUGUUCGCGAAUUCAAGUCGCAGAGUCGUCUACUGAUUACUGGCACACCGCUGCAAAAUAAUUUGCAUGAACUUUGGGCCCUCUUGAACUUCCUCAUGCCCGACAUGUUCUCUUCGUCCGACACCUUUGACGAACUCUUUAAUUCUCAGUCACUGAAAGAGGAGACACUCGUUACUCGCUUGCAUUCGAUACUUCGGCCUUUCCUCCUCCGUCGUGUGAAAAGUGAUGUCGAAAAGAAGCUCCCACCAAAGAAAGAAAUUAAGAUCUAUGUGGGACUGAGCAAGAUGCAGCGGGAACUGUAUACCAAGAUCCUAAUGAAGGACCUGGACCUUGUCAACUCUUCUACUCAAAAAACUGACAAGGUGCGGCUGCUGAACAUACUGAUGCAGCUGCGCAAAUGCUGUAACCAUCCCUAUCUGUUCGAUGGUGUGGAACCGGGUCCGCCCUAUACAACCGACCAGCAUCUUGUUGACAACUGUGGAAAGAUGAUCCUUUUGGAUAAACUGCUGACACGUCUCCGGGAACAGGGGUCGCGUGUGCUGAUUUUCAGCCAGAUGACUCGCACACUUGACAUUCUUGAAGAUUAUUGUCUGUGGCGUGGACAUGAGUACUUCAGACUGGAUGGCCAGACGAGUCACGAGGAACGUCAGGUGUCAAUCGACGAAUAUAAUCGCCCUGGUUCUACGAAAUUCAUCUUCAUGUUGUCCACUCGAGCCGGAGGUCUAGGUAUCAACUUGGCUACGGCCGAUGUUGUUGUGAUAUACGAUUCCGACUGGAAUCCUCAAGUUGAUCUGCAAGCCAUGGACCGAGCUCACAGAAUUGGACAGACUAAGACCGUGCGUGUAUUCCGUCUCAUAACAGAGAACACUGUCGAGGAGAGAAUCGUCAUGCGGGCCGACAUGAAGCUGCACCUCGAUAAUCUCGUUAUCCAACAGGGCCGCCUAGUUGACCAAAAAACAAAUAAAUUGGAGAAGGGGGAGGUUUUGGAUAUGAUUAAGUACGACGCCAAUUACAUUUUCCGCAGCAAAGAGAGCACCAUCAAGGAUGAGGACAUUGAUGAGAUACUGGCCCGAGGCGAACAGCGUACAACCGAAAUGAAGGAAAAACUGGCCAAAAUGGGCGAGUCAAAUCUUCGUCAGCUGCGCUUUGAUGUGGAAGACGAAGUUCCCGAUUCUGCUUACAUAUUCGAGGGUGAAGACUACCGCACAAAACAGUCGCACAACUCGGCUCUGCUAGGAUGGAUCGAGCCGCCAAAGCGUGAACGUAAAGCCAACUACGCUGUUGAUGCCUAUUUCCGAGAGGCCCUACGUGUCUCUGAACCGAAAGCACCCAAGCCCCCCAGACCGCCGAAACAACCCAAUAUCCAGGACUUUCAGUUCUUCCCUCCACGGCUUUUCGAGCUCCUCGACAAGGAAAUCUACGCUUACAGGAAGAGCAUCGGUUACACUGUUCCUCGGAAUCCGGAAGCCGGCUCUGAUGGAGAACGUGAAAGACAAGAAGAACAGGCGCGGAUUGAUGAAGCUGCUCCUCUUGACGAGAAUGAACUGGCCGAAAAGGAGGAACUUUUGAAUCAGGGUUUCACCAAUUGGUCCAAACGAGAUUUCCAGCAGUUUAUCAAGGCUAAUGAAAAACAUGGUCGAGAUGAUCUUGAGUCCAUCUCGCUGGACGUUGAAGGCAAAACACCCGAGGAGGUUAAACGGUAUGCCAGGGUGUUUUGGGCCCGCUGUAAUGAACUUCAGGAUGUUGACAAACAUAUGGCCCAGAUCGAACGUGGCGAGGCUAAAAUCCAGCGUCGCGCGGCUGUCAAACGGGCUCUUGAUGUGAAGAUGGCCCGCUACCGUGCGCCCUUCCAUCAGCUGCGAAUCCAAUAUGGCACAAAUAAGGGCAAAAACUACACUGAGGAGGAAGAUCGCUUCCUGAUCUGCAUGCUACACAAGCUGGGUUUUGACCGUGAUAACGUGUACGAUGAUCUUCGGCUGGCUGUGCGUCUAGCACCGCAGUUUCGAUUCGACUGGUUCAUCCGUUCCCGAACAGCCAUGGUAAGAAACUAUGUCUUGCUGAAAGUGCAAAUUAAGCAUCAUUAUCAUCUUUAG